AUGUCUUCCAUACCAUCAACGGCUAAGGACGAUUCCUUCGACGAUUUUUACACUGAGGUGAAAGAAAUAGAGAAGAGGGACUCUGUGCUGACUCCAAAACAACAAAUUGAAAGGCUUUUGCGUCCGGGUUCUACAUAUUUCAAUCUCAACCCAUUUGAAGUCCUACAAGUUGAAUGUGACGCAACACUAGAAGAAAUCAAACGGAAAUAUCGGAGACUGUCUAUUCUUGUUCAUCCGGACAAGAAUAUGGAUGACUCCGAAAGGGCCCAGCAAGCAUUCGAAAUUGUUAACAGGUCUUGGAAGAUACUGGAAAAUGAGGACACAAGAAAGAAAUGUCUGGACGUUUAUCAAGAGGCAAAAGAGAGAACUGAUCACAUGAUCGAGCAAAAGCGCAAGAAAUUCAAAAAAGAAGGCCGCUUGUCUGAAGGCAUACCAGAGGAUGACCCCGCCAAGUACAAACAUGCAGUAUAUGUUAUGACCAUGAAGUUAUUUGCUGAUAUGGAGCGAAAGCGGCAGCACCUAGAAACUCGAGAUAUGGAGGAGAGGAAACGUAAGCGAGAGGCCGAAAUCGAGCAAGAGGAGCAACUAUCCUUUGAAAAGGAGUGGGCUAAAAAUUUUGAGGAAUCUCGACAAAACCGCGUUGAUAGUUGGAAAAGCUUCCAAUCGGGCAGCAAAGAAAAGAAGAAGAAGAAGAUAAUGGGCUUCAAACCGCCCAAACCCAAACCGGAGAGUAGA